UAAGUAAAUAAACGAAAAACCCAAGUGCAGAGAAAAUGUCGCCGUUCAUGAAGAAAGUGUUGUUGCUGUUAGGCGUGCUCUGCUGCAUACAAGUGUCCACUGCCCUGAUGUGCUACGACUGCAACAGCGAAUUCGAUCCUCGCUGCGGCGAUCCCUUCGAGCCGUACUCCAUUGGAGAGGUCAACUGCAGCAAACAGGAGCCCCUGGAGCAUCUCAAGGACAGGUACAAGCCCACCUUGUGCCGCAAAACUGUGCAGAAGAUCUAUGGCAAGACCCGCAUUGUGCGCGGCUGCGGCUACAUUCACGACGAGCGCACCGAUGUGGAGUGCGUGCGGCGUUCGGGCACCCACGAUGUGGCCGCCAUCUACUGCUCCUGCACCAAGGACCUGUGCAACGGCGGCAACUCGCUGACAGCCCCGUGGAUGAUACUGCCUCUCGCCCUGGCCGCCGGCUGCGCGCUCCUGCUGAGCUCCGGGCACACAAUAAAAGUCCAGAGCUCAUAAAUUUAGCUGGGAUUUAGCGCUUUCACACCUCCAAUUGUAUCCACUUAUUUUUGCCUUACUUUCGAUGGUUUUUCUUGGCCUGGUGCAGGUCCGGACUUGAUGCUCAUUUAGUUGCGUAAUUUAAUUUAAUUUAAUGUGUUAAAUGUAAAAGAACUAACAAUAAAUUGAAAAUUAUCUUAUGGUCACGCAUUAUAAACAGCAAAAGAGCAUAACCGAACAAAAAAAAAACAGCAGUUAUUGGGGGCAGUAAUACAAAUAAAUCCACAUUUUCCCAUAGCAUUAUGUUCGAAAUUAAAAAAAAAA